GGAAACACUUUUUCAAUUUGAAUACUAUCACUCACCUCACGCUGGCACAGAGAGAGAUGGAUCCUUCGUCGUCGGCGCCGACGGCGGCGCCACCGAGUCCGACGGUGAGUCAGCGAGAUCAAUGGAUGGUGGAAUCACAUGUUUUCCAGAUUUACCAACUCUUCGCCACCAUUCCUCCCAACGCCCAAUCCGUCAUGUUGGAGCUGCAACGCGAUAAACACAUUGAGUUCCUUUCCAAAGGUCUCCGUCAUCUCGGUUCCGCCUUCACCGUCUUGGAUGCCAAUCGUCCCUGGCUCUGCUACUGGAUACUCCACUCUAUUGCACUGUUAGGAGAAUCUGUCGAUGACGAACUCCAAGAUGACACCGUUGAUUUUCUUAACCGUUGCCAGGAUCCAAAUGGUGGAUAUGCUGGGGGUCCAGGCCAGAUGCCUCAUCUUGCCACAACUUAUGCUGCAGUCAAUACACUGAUUACUUUGGGUGGUCAGAAAUCUUUGGCAUCAAUCAAUAGAGAUAAAUUGUAUGGGUUUCUGAGGCGGAUGAAACAACCAAACGGGGGAUUCAGGAUGCAUGUUGAAGGAGAAAUUGAUGUUCGAGCUUGCUACACUGCCAUUUCUGUUGCAAGUGUUUUGAACAUUUUAGAUAAUGAGCUGAUCCAGAAUGUUGGAGAUUACAUUUCAAGCUGUCAAACUUAUGAGGGUGGCAUUGCUGGAGAGCCUGGUUCUGAGGCUCAUGGGGGGUAUGUAUCAUCAAAAACUCUCUCACACACAUUCAUUAUAUCUCUUUGCAAUGAUAUGAUGUUUAAAACAAAAGGAGGUAUGAAAAGUCUUAGAUUUGAAUAUUUGUUUAUCAGAUACACCUUUUGUGGAUUAGCUGCAAUGAUUCUGAUUGGUGAGGUUAAUCGCUUGGAUCUGCCUCGUUUAGUUGAGUGGGUGGUAUUCCGGCAAGGGAAGGAGUGUGGAUUCCAGGGGAGAACGAAUAAAUUGGUUGAUGGAUGCUACUCCUUUUGGCAGGGAGGUGCUGUUGCACUAUUGCAAAGAUUAUAUUCUACUACUGUCGACAAACAAAUGGAAGAGGCCUCAGAUAUUUUUACGACAUCCGAUGUAUCUGAAGAAAAAGUAAGUUUGGAUGGAACCUCUGGUAAUGCGACUCACCAUUUUAGGGAUGAAGACAUCAGUGAAUCCUGUUCAGGUGAUUUUAAAAAUAUCGGUUAUGACUUUAUCAAUAAGUGGAGAGCAAGAGAACCACUUUUUCACAGCAUUGCCUUACAGCAAUAUAUUCUUUUAUGUUCACAGGAGCAAGACGGGGGACUGAGAGACAAACCUGGUAAACGUAGAGAUCACUAUCACACAUGUUACUGUUUAAGUGGGCUCUCAUUGUGCCAGUAUAGCUGGUCAAAGCGCCCAGAUUCUCCACCACUGCCUAAUGUAGUUUUGGGCCCCUACUCCAACCUCUUAGAACCUAUCCAUCCCCUCUUUAACGUUGUCUUUGAACGAUAUUGCGAAGCUCAUGAAUUCUUCUUUGCUGGGUCGUGAUUGGUGACCAGGUUUUAUCUACCUACACCUUUAUCUGUAGAAUGUAAAAUGAAUUCAUUACAACAUUAUGUAGAAAUAUCAUAAAAACACUGUUGGAUUGCUGAUUUAGAAUAUUGUUGAAAUAUCAUAAAAACAUGGACUUCCGUACUACAAAAAAGUUGAUAUCUCUU